AUGCCGAGCAUAUUUUCCUACCAGAGUGCCGAAGUCGACUGGUGUGAAGGCAAUUUUGAGCGCUCAACGGUCAUUGCGGAGUACUACAACACCAUCAGCAAUGUAGGCUUCUUUGUCCUUUCUCCUGCCCUGCUCUACCUGAACCGGCAGUACUGUCAGCAGCGCGCCUUGCCCUUGUAUGUCAUCUCUGGCCUACUCUUCUGUGUAGGUAUCUUCUCCACGUACUUUCACAUGACCCUGAGCUACGUGGGACAACUCUUGGAUGAGCUCUCCAUCCUCUGGACGGUGGCUGUGGCAUAUGCCUUUUGGUACCCAAGGGUUUACUACCCCAGGUGCAUCAAGAGCAGGAAGCAUUUCUUCUGGUUGAGUGGUGUCACCACUGUGAUCAGUACCUUGAUGUCCUUCAUCAAACCAGCCUUCAAUGCCUACAUGCUCAACUGCAUCGCCUUCCACCUGCUGUACCUGACAUGGUGUGAGCUGAAAAAGUGCAAUGACAAAAGGGUUCACCGGAUGGCCGCAGCCAUGGUCAUGUGGUGGGUACUGGCCAUCAGCAGCUGGAUAAGCGACAAGUGGCUCUGCGGGCUCUGGCAGGCCAUCAACUUCCCCUACUUCCACAGCUUCUGGCAUGUGCUGAUAGCCAUGUCCCUCCUAUACUGCUGCCCACUGGUCAUCUACUUUGACGUCACCUACGAGAUGCCAUCGUUCAAGCCAAAGCUCGGAUAUUGGCCCAGCGACUCUUGGCCUGUUGUGGUGCCUUACAUUGCCCUGGAGGAACCCCACAAGCAGUGCUAG